UGGCCUCGAUCCAAUCCGAACCGAGGAUCUCCACUGACGGCGUCGUUUCGUAUGGUUCUAUGGUGGAAUUGUCACAAAUUAUCUAAUCAGUGAACGGUGACAGUUAUCGCUACUAUCUGCGAGUAAUUCAUAAACGAUUACCCACAGUUGGAAAUGGCGACGCUUCCUCCGACGACGUUCAGAAACGACGGCAGGAAAAGAAGGUGGAAGCUGGAGGAUUCUUGUCUGAGUUGCGUGAAAUGCGCCGUGCCGAUCGCCGACGUCAUCGCCGUACGAUACAUGUUCAAGAAGUCCGACCCGAAGAAGUUUCAGGUGGUGUACGCGAGGCGGGGGAGGAAGAACGUGUGGAGACCUUGCGUUGUGACCUUCCGCCAUGACAGUCCGAGCGUCGUGAUCGAAUGGACGGAGACGAUACGGCAUGAGAUCAACCAGUUGGUGGAGAGGCCCAGGCGGAUACUGAUGUUUGUGAAUCCGUUCGGUGGAAAGAGGCGCGGGUUGAAGAUCUACGAGAACUACGCUAGGCCCCUUUUCGAUCUGGCCGGCGUCGAUUUGAGCGUGGUGGUGACGAAGAAGAAGAAUGAGAUUCGGGACGCGUUGGAGGAGGAUGAUAAGUUGGAUGGGGUAGACGCGGUGGUGUGCGUCGGUGGUGAUGGUACCGCCGGGGAGGUGUUCACCGGGCUGAUUUUGCGCGAGUGUCGUCUGAAUGGUGUUAACCCUCAUAAUCCCAGUGUGGCCAUACCGAAGCCGAAGGUAAAGGUGGGAGUGGUACCUGGGGGUAGCACGGACACCACCAGCUACUGCUUGCAUGGUACGACAGAUGUCAUUACUGCCCUGCUCCAUAUCGUCAUGGGGGCGUCGCUGGGGUUGGACCUAAUUUCCGUGCACCACGAGGAUCGAUUGCUCCAGAUGAGCUCGAACGUCAUCAGUUACGGAUUUCUGGGCGAUAUCAGUUACUACAGUGAGAAGUUGCGUUGGAUGGGGCCGACUCGCUACGAGUAUGUCGGUACACGGAAGAUGCUUGGUGGUAACGGCUACGAAGGAACGGUCAGCAUUCUCGGCAACGAGAUUGACGAGAACCAAAGCAAGUGCUACCAACACUGUAGCAGAUGCGCCUCAGGAAAUCACGACGAUAACAAAGACAAGUGGAUUGACAUCUCGAGCAAUUUCUUCCUACUCGCCGGCGCGAACAUGAGCUGCGCGGGCAGCAGAAAUCCUCACGGUUUGGCACCCUACUGCCACUUGGGUGAUGGCUACCUAAACGUGCUCAUAGUCCACCAGACCUCCCUGUACCAGAGGCUACGAACUUUCCAGCGUUUCAGCCAGAGCUCUUACACCAUGGCCGACCUAUCUCACGUCGAGACCUACCGAGGCAAGGAACUGAGGUUCAAAGCCGGCAAAGUGCGGGGCCGUUGGAAUUGCGACGGAGAACCACUCCUCGACACGGACAUUCGCGCUAGAGUCCACCGCCAGCUAAUCGACGUUUACAGUCGCGGAGUCGCGAAUGACUAAAUUUCAGGUCUCUUUAAUUUCACGAAUUAGAUCAAUAACCGCCUACUGCGAGGAAAAUUUCAAAGAGAACAUCAAUCACUCGGUUGUCAACGUAAACCGAAAUCAAUCAUAAGCGCAUAAAAGAAUCGGAAACAGAAUCCGCGUCGUUUUCUCCCGGGGCAUGGUUUAUCAUUCAAUUUUUUGUAAGUGUAUUAUUACUAGGAUUAUUAAACAGCGUUUCAACAAUUUGUUUUUGUUACCUGCUGUAACUGCGUACCCUAUACCGUACAUGUCUGCUAUUUUGGAUCAACAAUCUCAGAUUACGACCAAUAUUCAUAAUUUAAUUCACGAAAUAUCUUUGAAUAUUGUAAAGUUUCUCUCUUCUCAUAUUUCAAUGAAAUUAUAAAGUGGAGACCCUAA